UUUUAGAUCAUAAUAAUAUUAGAAAAAUAAUUUUUAAAAAUAAAAUGGAAAACGCCAAAAAGAUGGUGCGUAAAGCAGCUAAACUUCAACAACACCAAAUUAUGAAAAUUCUACAGCCAACUUUAGAUGAACGACUAAAGAAUAUUGGACCUACCUGUAGUUCUGCUGCAGAUAUUGGAGAAGGAGCGCUUGAUGGAUUUCCGGAUGCCUAUUUGGACCCUCCCUAUUUGUUUGAAUGUUUUUGGGCCACUCGUUUGAACCGUGAAGAUGCUGAUUGGGCGUUCCAGUUGUUCAGAAGGAAUAUGCUCGAACUCUAUAAAAGAUCGCGUUGGGGCUUUGAUGAAGAACUUAAACAGCGUGAGCUAACUGCGACUGCUGCACGUUUCUUCAUUAUUCGCGCUCGUAUUCAUCACUCCCCUUCUUGUCCAUGUUCUUCUUCUUCGGAUACAAGUACCACUGUUCGACCUGUUGCUUAUGCACAUUUUCGUUUUGUCGAAGAUGAUUCCCGACCAGUUCUUUAUUGUUAUGAGUUACAAGUAGAAAAGGAUUAUCACCGCCGUGGUCUUGGCACAUUUCUUACCGAAAUAAUGGAAAUUAUUGGGAAAAGUACUAAUAUGGAUGUGGUGAUGUGUACUGUAUUCUCUUACAAUGAAAGUUCAAUUGAUUUCUUCCGCAAGAAUGGUUAUGACAAUGAUCGGACGUGUAUUUAUGGAAAGGAUCGUUCAGGUGGUUGUUUGGGUAGAGAUUAUUUGGUGUUAAGCAAAUCAUUAAAUACUGAGAAAAAAGAAAAGGACGGGAAAAAGAGCUGAUAAUUUAAGGAUUACACGUAUUUAUAUAAAAAAAUAUAUUUUCAAUACUUUUCCAGAAAAAGUAUUGAAAGCAAGUUGAAAGAUGCUUAAUUUAUUUACUAACUUUACAUGUUUUCUUAAAUAUUGUUUUGAACUUUUUUUAAAUUUAUAUUAUCUGACUGAUAAUUUUUUUGGACAUUUAAAUAAAUUUUACU